AUGAAUGAGUCGGGCUCAAUAUCACGCGCGACUUCCGUCUCCCGCGCCAGUCGAAAUGGCUCGACAAUAUCUCGCAACCAGUCACUCAUCAAGAAAAACGUAGCGCCUCAUGAUUUGAAGCCGUCCGACGUGCUCAUUGAGCGCUUUGUGGCAUGGAAGGCUAUCGUAAAGCAGCUCAUCGCCUACUUUGAGGGUAUCGCGGACAUCGAGAACAACACUGCGAAGGAAUUGACGAAGCUGGGAGCCGUCAUCCAGGUUCCCUUCCGAGCUGGCAACCAGUUCUUGGGCGAAGGCGGGCUUCAGGAUAUCUACUAUGGCAUUCGUGACAAGACGCGUGUCAUUGCAGACCAACAUGCGAAUCUUGGAAGGACUAUCGAUAGCUCCAUUGUUCAGCAUUUGCAGAAGCUUAAGACAGAGAUUAAGGCUCAUAUAAAGAACGUUCAAAACGAUACAGGAAGACUUGCGACUAGUGUUGCCAAAGAGAGGGAACUUUCCACGCGCUACAUUGCCGAACUCGCUACCAAUAUCUCUGCAUACAAGAAUACGCCUAUGAACGUUACGGCAAAAACUGAUCCCUAUGUAGCCAACACCGCUGUCAUCCGCCAACUACAGAAGCAGGUCCAUGAAGAGAACCUUCUUCAGAAAUCUAUCAUUAUCAUGCAACAAAAUUCAGCAACUUUCGAAGAAGGCAUAGUGCGUGCCAUUCAGAGCGCUUGGCAGACGUUCGACGAAUGGCAGUCGCGCAUGUCGUCAUCUGUACAAGAAACAUGGCGAAGUUUAGGAACGCAAAUGUCUUCUCUUGCUCCUGACAGGGAAUGGAUUACGUUCAGUGCACGUUCUGAUCACCUCCUUGACCCCGACACGCCUUUGCGCAAUCAAGAGACCAUCAUGUACCCUAGUAAAGAGGAUCCGAGCGUCAUCGCGGUGCACACGGGAUUGCUCGAACGUAAGAAACGGUUUACUCGAACUUAUCGCGAAAGCUACUUUGUACUUACACCGGCCGGAUUCCUGCAUGAAUACGCGUCAAGUGAUCCUCAUGAAGCUCAGACACCCAUGUUCUCCCUGUUUCUUCCUGCGUGCACACUUGGCCCUCCGAGCUCCAAUAUGAGCAAGAGCCACAAGUUUCAUAUAGAGGAACGAAAAGAUGGUUUGGGGACGACAAAGAGCGGAAGCUUCAACCCGUUGAAAGCUAAUCAACAUGCAUGGAGUUUCCGUUCUCGCAGCCGAGAGGAUAUGAUGGAAUGGUGGAAUGAUAUUAGGAUGUUGUGUGCAAGGUAUCUAGUAGCAAGUGAGCAGAUGGAGCGGAGUGGACCAAUUGCUGCUGCUGUCCGAGCAGCGGGGUAUGUCAGCGAAGAAGAGGAGGAGGAGGAGGGUAGCAGCGUCGAAGAAGAGGAGGAAGAAGAAGAAUACGAGGACGUCGGGGAAGAUAUCAACCCUCCAGGCUAUUCACAUCCUGAGAAAGAGGGCUAUCCAGUGAGUUUCCUUUCUUAUAUUGUUCAAUCUACUAGAUCUUUCAUCAGAUUGACAAGAAAGAUCGUGAUGGAUAUCCGGCCGAAAAGGAUGAAGGCGCAGACGUCCCGAGAAGGCCAAGUAAACGACAAAUGGAGAAGGCACCUGAAGGACAGUCUUCACAUGUUCAGGACGGGGACGGCAAGGUCGAGAGCAAGUUCGCGGAGGAGUUGUAACGUCUUUAAUUUGAUCUGGAUUCUGGUUUACAAGUAA